AAAGUGGCCUGCAUCCGGAAAUUGUUUACUGUUAAUUUCUUAAUUCUUAUCUAGAGCUGUGUUGUGUGCUAGCUUUCAAAAGCCAAUUAUGUAAACUAGGAUUUAUAUACACACAUACACACAGUCUCUGCAUUAUACAUUCUAGCAGCACAAGCUGUCAGUAAUCCUCUCUCAGCUAUGAAUACAGCUUCUGCAUUAACCCAUUGUAGACUGACACCACCAUGUAAAUUUGCACUUUCAAGAACAAGCAAAUUUUCUUUGAGGCGUUUGAACAAACACCUGGAAUGCAUACCACCGAACUGCACCUUUUCGGACCAGAAAAGCCCAGAUUAUGCCUCAUUUACUUUGAAGUGUACCGCAUCCAAGGCACCCAGCAAUCUUGAUCGAAAACCCAGUUUGCAUCAGCUGUCAUUAUUGCCUACAAGAAGCAAAAAUCGUUCCUUCAGGCCAGUUAAAUGCUCAUAUUCAGACAGUACUAUCUCAGAAUCACGACCCUCUUUGUUUGAUAAUUUCAAGAAUCUAUCUUCUGAAUCUUUGAAAGAGACCCUUUUGAAAUUGACCCCGUUUGAUGUUUGUAAGUUGUCUUUGGUCCUUUCUGUGGCAAUUGUGGGGGUAAAAUGGGCUGCAAGUGUGCUAUUUAGUCCUUUUUUCUGGAUGUAUUUUAGUUGGACUUGGUUAUUUUGGCCAUGGAUGGUUGCAGUUGCGGUGGGUGUUUAUGGUAUUUUUUGUUUUCGUAAGCAUUUGAAAGGGGAGGCUAAUGAGUUUGAGCAACUAUCGAUUGUGACUUCAGCAUUUACAUGGUUGACUUUAGUCCCACCUGCUUAUUUCAAUGGUUUCUUAGAGGGAUGGCCUUAUGUUUUCUUUUUCGUUUAUCAUUAUUUCUUUUUCUUUAAUGUGAGUGUUCGGAAACGUAUGUAUGGUGAUUUUAAUCCUCGGGAGCAUGAUCCGAAAUGGGAUGUGAGUACACCUACUUGGCAGCGGUUGUUGUUUAGUGUCGGAGUUGUAGCUGGUCACUGGUUUGCUGCACUUGAAGGGCCUGAGCUGCAUCUCAUUCCUGGAGGAUGGAGCAAUGUGGGAGUUUGGGCUCUGAUAAUGACGACAUUGUUUAUGCAGUAUCAUUCUACAUUGUAUCUUGCAAAGUAUUCUGAAAAGGUUGUUGUGCCAACUGCUGUUGUUCAAUUUGGACCAUACCGGUGGGUUCGCCACCCAAUAUAUGCAUCCACUAUGCUUUUGAUGGCGACCUACUUCUUGGCUCUUCGUGCACCUGUCAGCUCGCUAUUUACCAUUGCGAUAUGUUUGCUGUAUUAUGGGCAGAAGGCGAAAGUGGAGGAAACACUAAUGACAGAUACUUUUGGAAAGAGUUAUACGGAGUACAUGGACAGAGUUAAGUACAAGCUAAUCCCUUUUGUUUAUUAGCUAUUCUACUAAUAAGAACUUAGAAAUUUCAUAUGAUCAAUGUGUGGAAUACAAGUAGUUAGCUUCUGAAUGGGAAAUGUUUUCCAGAUUGUACAAUUAAUUAUGUGCCGUCUUUAUGGAUAAAGAACAUGUAUCUGUGCUUUUAAAUCUCCGGCAACGUAAAUUAUGCAGUUUUCCGA